CUUUUUUCAUCUUCAAAACAAAACACACACUCUGUGUUUCUCUCUGAAACUCGCACGUUUUCUUUUCUCUUCUCUGCCAUGGCUAACGCUUCUACAUCACCAACGCCAUUGUUGAAGGAUGAGCUUGACAUUGUGAUCCCCACAAUCAGGAACCUCGAUUUCCUCGAGAUGUGGAGGCCAUUCUUUCAGCCGUACCAUCUCAUCAUUGUGCAAGAUGGUGACCCUUCAAAGGUCAUCAAGGUCCCUGAUGGCUUUGAUUAUGAGCUCUAUAACCGCAAUGAUAUCAACAGGAUUCUGGGUCCUAAAGCUUCUUGCAUCUCCUUCAAGGACUCUGCAUGUCGCUGCUUUGGUUACAUGGUGUCUAAGAAGAAAUACAUCUACACCAUUGAUGAUGACUGUUUUGUUGCUACUGAUCCAUCCGGACAUAAUAUUAAUGCACUUGAGCAGCAUAUAAAAAACCUUCUCUGCCCGUCCACACCCUUCUUUUUCAAUACCCUCUAUGAGCCUUUCCGUGAAGGUGCAGAUUUUGUUCGUGGGUACCCCUUCAGUCUCCGUGAAGGUGUACCAACUGCAGUUUCUCAUGGUCUUUGGCUUAACAUCCCUGACUAUGAUGCUCCUACUCAGCUUGUGAAGCCUCUUGAAAGGAACACUAGGUAUGUGGAUGCUGUUCUGACCAUACCAAAAGGCACUUUAUUUCCCAUGUGUGGAAUGAACUUGGCAUUCGAUCGUGAUCUUAUAGGAGCAGCAAUGUACUUUGGUCUCAUGGGUGAUGGUCAGCCUAUUGGACGCUACGAUGAUAUGUGGGCUGGCUGGUGCUGCAAGGUAAUCUGUGAUCACUUGGGACUGGGAAUCAAGACUGGUCUUCCCUAUAUCUAUCACAGCAAGGCUAGUAACCCAUUUGUAAACUUGAGGAAAGAGUACAAAGGCAUAUUCUGGCAAGAAGACAUUAUCCCAUUCUUCCAGAGUAUUGUUCUUCCAAAAGAAGCAACAACUGUCCAGAAGUGCUACAUUGAGCUUGCAAAGGAAGUCAAGGAAAAACUUUCCAAGGUAGAUCCUUACUUUGACAAGCUGGCUGAUGCUAUGGUCACUUGGAUUGAAGCUUGGGAUGAGCUUAACCCUGCUGGAGCAUCACUGGCCAAUGGCAAAGCUUAAAUCAAUUUUGUUUAACAGCAAACAGCCACAGAACUUGAAGUGAAACUAUUUAUAUACUGUAAUUUUUUUUCUUCACCUUAGUGUUAUUCACACCGCUUAAAAUUUGCAGCAUUGUUAGCUGUAAUUCUAUUUAGUAAUUUCAUGCUUUGAGCUUAGAAACAAUAAAGCACAACGGUCUUAGGGCGUUGCUUUCUUUUUAAUUUACUGUUUUAUGGGUAGAGAUCAUAUGGCAGCAUUGGCUUCCAUGUGAAAUAAGUCUUAUAGAGAGCAUAUUUAUGAAUGUCUGGUUUAUUAUAUAGAGUAGAGGUCCAUAGUGAUCAAAUUUUAAACUGAUGUAUUCAGAAGUUUGGAUUUUUCUUUGGUACUGUUUGUGCCACUUGAAUCAUAUUGACCUAUCUUCAGAUGCUAGUUUGAAAUU